AUGGUGAUCGUCCUGCUGAAGGUGAUCUUCUGGACGGUGAGCACGGCGGCGGACGUGAUCACCCUCGCGCUCUUCAGAGCGGCGGCGGUGGUGAUCGUGCUGGCGGUGCAGUGCAUGAAGACCCCCGCCGGAGCGCUGCUGGAUGCACUGAAUUUCAUAGCGAGCUUUGCCCGGUUGACCGUCGAGAAGGGCGUCGACUUACUGGUAGAAACGAUCUUCUCUGCUGUCUCGCAGGCAGUCAAACACCUCCCGGAGAUCACGUCCCGCGUGGCGAACCUCGUCUCCGGCAUCGUGGUGGAGCUCGCGGAGCAGACCAGGGAACGGUUGGAAUUCCUCCUGGAGAUCGGCCCAGAGGCCGCCCAGAGCGUCGCCGAGAUGGUGCACUCGAUUAUCCAUUCGUUCCUCGAAAACUACAAGGAAGCCAUAGCGUACAUCAUGAAGAAUAUCUGA